UACAGCGUGACUCUAGUAGCAGCAGCGCUGCAGGUUCUCGUACAGGAUGAACGCGCCACCAGCAUUCGAGUCGUUUUUGUUGUUUGAGGGAGAGAAAAAGAUCACAAUAGUUAAGGACACCAAGGUGCCCAAUGCCUGUCUGUUCACACUGAAUAAGGAGGACCACACGCUGGGGAACAUCAUUCGAUCACAACUGCUGAAGGACCCUCAGGUGCUGUUUGCUGGAUAUAAAGUUCCCCACCCUCUGGAGCACAAGAUUGUGAUCCGUGUUCAGACAACACCAGACUACAGUCCGCAAGAAGCCUUUACUAAUGCAAUCACUGAUUUGAUCAGUGAGCUCUCCCUGCUGGAGGAGCGGUUCAGGGUUGCCAUCAAAGACAAGCAGGAGGGAAUAGAAUGAAGAACAGUUACACUCCAUUAAAGGAACUAAUGAAAUUUAUGGAAUGAAACCAUCAACUAAUUCACAAUGGACUAAAUUGUCACACUUAAACUGGGUUCUUAUAAUUUGCAACGGUGUCCCGUUUAUUUAUUUUCUUCAAAUGUCAUGAUGGUGGCUGACAAACUGUCAUUUAAAUAAUAAGAGACAUUGAACAGUCUCUAGCAAGAUUGAGAACUUUCGAGUUUGUCUUCCAUGAUGGUUUUUCUAUCAAAGCAUGCUAGUAUAAUGAUUGAACAUUUUUUGAAAAUAUGUCAUUGAACAGUAAAAUCAUGUUUUUUUGCUAUUAAUAAAUGUCAUUUUUUAAGAAAUUAUAAAA